CGCGCAUGACGUCACACGCAAUUCGCCGCCAUUACCUUUCCGUCUCUCCCUCAAGUGUAUUUGUCCCCUCUUCUCAUGCCGGUAAAUCACUUAAAACUGUGAACUAUUAGUGAAAAGUGCACUUUAUUAUUUAUUUAUCGAAGGAUCAGUGAUUGAACCUUCAAAAUCAUUUUCCAACCUUAUUAUUACCCGCUCCCCUACACCAUGAAGAGGUUCCACGAUGGAAACGCUCCUGGUCAGUUUAAUAAACGAUCGCGAGGUCCCAUCGAAGAGGGCCAGGUCGAGAUCCGAGUAUUAAUUCCUAGCAAGGUUGCCGGCUCGAUCAUUGGGAAAGGAGGAGCGAAUAUAUCCCGUUUGCGUAAUGAUUUCAAUGCCUCAGUAACUGUCCCAGAUUGCCCCGGCCCUGAACGUAUCUUGACAAUCCAGGCUGAGAUGGACAACGCCAUGAAGGUCCUGAAUGAUGUUGUUCCUGGUCUUGCUGAUUACGACAGCCGAGGCAGGCCUCGAGGUGCACCAAACAACCAAGGCAAUGGAGCAAGCAGCGACCAGAUUGAUCUCCGGCUCCUAGUUCACCAGUCCCACGCUGGUUGCAUCAUUGGUAAAGGAGGUGGCAAAGUCAAGGAACUGAGAGAAAAAACUGGCGCACGGAUAAAAAUCUAUACCAACUGCUGUCCUCAAAGUACCGACAGAGUAGUCCAGUUGAGCGGUGGAGCACAGACUUGCUGUGACUGCGUCAAGGAAAUCUUAGAACUUCUCGAAACGCAAGGAAGCACAAAGGGUGUUGAUACUCCAUACGAUCCGUUGAACUAUGACGAUUACUACGCAGAAGAGUACGGUGGUUUCGGCGUCGGAGGUGGUCAAGGCUACGGACCAGGCGGCCCACCAGGAGCCAUGGGUAGGAAUGGACCUAUGGGUGCGUCACGCGGAUUCAGUGGAGCCCCAAGAGACAUCACUGCCAGAGGAAUUGGUGGAGGAAGGGCACCAGCAGGUUUUGGUGGAUACGACAACUUUGGUAAUGGUAUGGUAGGCGAUGCCUUGCAACCGGCUGUAGCCAAUGGUGGCCCGCAAACCUCGACUUCGUUUUCCAUUCCCAAAGAUCUGGCUGGGGCAAUAAUUGGAAAGGCGGGCGCACGUAUUCGGAGAAUUAGGACGGAUUCCGGGGCUGGAAUAAUCAUCGACGAGCCGAAAGACGGUUCCAAUGAUCGAUUAAUCACAAUAACAGGUUUACCUCAUCAAGUAGAAAUGGCCCAUCAAAUGCUCCAACAAAGUAUGGCAGAAAACAGCGGCCCGCCUCCCCGGUAUUAAGUUUCCAGCCCAUCGUGUACAUUAUUCUCACAAACUCACUUUAGAGUACAACAAUUUUUGUCUCGUUCUUUAUAAUUUCAAAAAAUAUUUUGUUAUUUUUUAUUACCUCAAACGAGUUAUGUAUUAUCCAAAUACUGAAAUGACCACGUAGUUUUAGUCAUCUGAUCUAUAUUUGUAAUUAAUUCAUUCUUAUCAUUUCGUAAGUAUCUCGCUCCUUCAUGUGUCUGAAGUCCGUAAUUUUUUAAGUGAUCCCUUUGUCAUGGUACAAAGGUUCUCCCCAAGUUGUGUAUAGCCCCAGUCUUGUUUAAGUUAGUAUUUAUUGAUCCUUUUUUUUUUAAAUCCUACCUGCCGAAGGUAGGUUCUACGAGCUAAAACACUGAAGCCCGUAUCACAGAAGCAGUUGUCUCAUUUUCCUUUCUUUGAGUGGUUAAAUACUUAAUAGUCUCUUAAGUUGUAAUGGAUUGUGCUGUUUCAAAAAUUAUUCAGGCCCAGAUCUUUAUUUUGAAUCAUUCUUGUCUCAAUAUAGAUUAAGUUUCCUCUCCGAACAAGUAUGACCCCAGACCUGCAUUUUAUUAAGUUGUCCCUUUUCGCAAUAAGUUAUCUAAGAAGUCUCUGAAUAAGUCUUCACUACGGGUGCACCAUAGGUGAUCAGUACCAAUAGCUCUAGUUUUUCCACUUCAAUCUCUUUUGUUUUUGUUUUAACCUUUUGAUUUCUUGUCCUGAAAAAAUAUCAUAUUCUAAGUAGGAGUAAGUGUGUUCAAUUUUCACACUUAUCCACCCUUAAAUCAGAGGCACAAUUGAGACACUUAAGUAAAGAAGUUGAAUAGUGUUUGAUCAAUAAUCAAAAGUAUUAGGAAAUCUGAUAUCUUCUACUAAGUUCUACCUAACGCUGCACAUCCAAUAAGUAAUUUAAGCGUAACGGAUCUCGAAGAUAAUAUUUUGAGGAACAUUGGCUCUCCUUAUGUUUUAAGAUUUAAAGAAGAAAAUAUGUGUCCACUCUUUUACUUUUGUGUUCGGUGAACAUUUUUAUCUCCUAAGAACUCAUUUGAUUUUGUUGAAUAUACUUAUUUUUGCACUCUGGUCAAAAAUUUGCCAUUUCCCUGCAGAGCGUAAGAUGAGCACUGUCUCUAAUCAAUGUGGUAACAAAGCAAUUUUUGCACUGAACGAUGAAGCUGGUUCUUCCUCAUUCAGCCUGCAAAUCGGGUUUCAGUUGUUUUCGUCUCUGAUGAUCAGUAAUUUUUAUUUUUAUUUCACAAUUUGUAUCUUCCACCCUGAAAUCAUUGGUCCUUUUAUUUUUUAUUUAUUCUCUGUUUCUCCAUUCUCUUUUUUUUAAAAUAACUAUUCAUAAACGGUGAAUAGCUUUGUUUGAUGCUGACCAUUUUCAUUGUCGAAACUCCUUUUUCUUUUGAUUACUUUUCAUUUGUGCCCUAUCUGUACAAGUAUCAUUGAAUUAAAUGUUGAUUAAUUAUGGUAUAAUAAAACUCAGAAAUGAA